GCAUAUAUGGUUGGUGGUUUGCGCGUGCCACCCUCCUUUCCUUCCCCCGCCAAUCGGCUAUAAAUAGACGGCGCCCACUGAUCAUCGUGGAGCACGAGUCAGUCGUCAGUCGCCUACUUCCGGGAACUCUUGCUGCCAUGGGUCCAGUUGUGCUCCUCCUCGUCGUCGUUGCCGUUGCCGUCCCGGUCGUGCGGCCGGCGGCGGCCGAGCUGCCGCGGCUGGAGCACUCGCCCAAGGCGGAUGGGUCGCUGUCCAUCCUUGCCGUCGGCGACUGGGGGAGGCGUGGGGAGUUCAACCAGUCCCGGGUCGCCACCCAGAUGGGGCUGGUAGCGGAGAAGAUGGACGCCGACUUCAUCAUCUCCACCGGCGACAACUUCUACAGCGAUGGCCUAACUGGCGUCGACGAUAAGGCCUUCGAGGACUCCUUCACCGGCAUCUACACUGCCAAGAGCCUCCAGAAGCCUUGGUACACAAUUCUUGGCAACCAUGACUACAGGGGCGAUGCACUCGCACAGACCAGCCCUAUCCUUGCGAAAGUCGACUGCCGGUGGAUCUGCAUGAAGUCUUUCAUUCUAAACGCAGAGGUUGCGGAUUUCUUCUUCGUCGACACGACGCCCUUCGUCCUCACGUAUUGGACCAACCCCAAGGACAGCACGUACGACUGGAGAGGCGUUGCUCCUCGCGAGACGUACAUCACGAAUCUCCUCAAGGACGUGGAGGAUUCGCUGAGGCAGUCGAGGGCGCCAUGGAAGAUCGUCGUCGGGCACCAUCCCAUCCGGACCGCCGGCAAGCACGGCGACACCGAAGAGCUCGUGCAGCUGCUCCUGCCGAUGCUCAAGGCCCAUGGCGUCGACCUCUACAUCAACGGCCAUGACCACUGCCUUGAGCAGAUCAGCAGCAGCGACAGUCCUCUGCAGUACCUGACGAGCGGCGGCGGGUCAAAGGCCUGGGGCGGCGUCUACGCGCCGGGCGCCGACAAGGUGGAGUUCUUCCACGACGGGCAGGGAUUCAUGUCGCUGCGGCUGACCGCCACGGACGCGCGCGUCGCGUUCUACGACGUCGCCGGCGCCGUCCGGCACACCUGGGGGCAUACCAAGGCCGCACACUACUGAUCGAAUAAGCUGCCGUGCGCGCCAGCCAUGCAUGGGCGCCAUUUCGAUAUAAUCAGCGCAGCGCCCGCGCGAACAAUUUAAGCAUCUUCACUACGCACUCAAAUUCUUAUUCUUGUAAGUUCUCCGGGUUAAACUGCAAGUCCUUUUAGACUUUUGAAUCAUUUGAUUAAAAUGUAACUGGUGAUGAGUGAUGGAUGAUGUUGUCGGUGCAUAAAA